AUGAAGUUGUCAAAUCCUUCGGCCGUGCCCGUCUACACAAUCUCGGGCUCAGCGACAGCUCGCCCUCUCCCGGAAUGGCUCGCGCGACAGAGAAAGCGCAGUCUGAAGCAAGACCCGGAGUGGGCAAACAGAGUCGAGCUGCUGCAAGACUUUGAGUUCGAAGAGGCCUCGCAGUGUGUGAGGGUCAGUGACGACGGUGAAUGGGUCAUGAGCACAGGAACAUACAAGCCGCAGCAACACGUCCACUACCUUCCGCAUCUGUCGCUCUCGUACGCGCGCCACACCGACUCGCUCAACCAGACCUUCCUCCUCCUCUCGUCCGACUACUCCAAGUCGCUGCAUCUGCAGACGGACCGCACCCUCGAGUUCCACACGCCUGGUGGCAUGCACUACCGCACACGUAUCCCCCGCUACGGUCGCGACCUCAAGUACAACAAGCGCGCCGCCGAAGCCUUGAUCCCGGCCUCCGGAGUCAAUCAGGAUGGAAUGGGAGAAGUCUACCGCCUCAACUUGGAGCUGGGAAGGUACAUGAAGGGCUACGAGGUCGAUGUUGGAGGCGACGACUGGACAAGCUCGGGCGCAGGCGCUCUGCAGGGCGGCAUCAACACGGGCUGCGUCAACACGGCCGCCAUCGCCGAAGACUCACACAACCUCCUCGCUUUCGGUACUUCGAUUGGCACCGUCGAAUUCUGGGACUCACGUUCGCGCAGUCGCGUUGGCCUCCUCCAAUCUCCCACACAAUCCCAAGACCAGCGCCCGCAAGUCACCGCCCUCGAAUUCCACCGCUCCGGCCUCAACCUGGCAACCGGCGACUCUGACGGCAUCGUCCACGUCUACGACCUCCGUUCUCCCAUGCCCCUCCUCACAAAAGACCAAGGCUACGGCUACGCCAUCCAAACCCUCAAGUACAUGUCGCCUACCUCGACCCAAGUCCAAUCCGAGAAGCUCAUGUCGGCCGACAAGCGAAUCAUCAAGAUCUGGGAGGCCAGCAACGGCAAUCCUUGGACCAGUGUCGAACCCGCCGUCGACCUCAACCAUGUCGAAUGGUGCAAGGACAGUGGUAUGCUUCUCACCGCAAACGAAGGUCGCCAACAACACUCCUUCUUCAUCCCUCAGCUCGGCCCUGCUCCCAAGUGGUGCUCUUUCCUGGACAACCUCGUCGAAGAAAUGGCCGAAGAUGCCCAAGACCCGUCAGCCUUCAACGCAGGCGCUCAAGAGACUGGCGCUGUCUACGACAACUACAAGUUCUUGUCAACUCAACAACUCCGCGAACUCAACCUCGACCACCUCGUCGGCACCACCUCCCUUCUCCGCCCCUACAUGCACGGUUACUUUGUCGCCCAGAAGCUUUACGAACAGGCCCGCCUCAUCAGCAACCCCGACAUGUUCGAAGAACAACGCGCAAAGUCGAUUGCCGAGAAGAUCAACAAGGAGCGCGAGUCUCGCAUCCGUGGAAACAAGCAAGCAAAGGUCAAGGUCAACAGGAGAUUGGCGGAAAAGAUGGCAGCAAGAGAAGAAGCAAACGAGCGUCGCAAGGCCAGACGUGUCUUGCGCCAAGGUGGAGACGACCCUCAACCACAGGCAGGAGGAGAAGAGGAGGAGGAAGAUGCAGACAAGCCGGCCAGAGGUGUUCUCGGCGACGACCGUUUCGCUUCUCUCUUCCAGGACGAGGACUUCGAGAUCGACGAGCAAUCCCGCGAAUUCGCCCUGCACAACCCUUCGACAGUACCAGUUGCAAAGGAUGCCGAACGCAAGCGUGGUCUCACCGCUGUCGAAGAAGAAGCCAACCAGUCGGUUCACGGCUCAUCAGACUCGGAAUCAGAAAGCGACGUCGACGAUGCCGCAGCAGAGAGACAACAACGUGGUGUCCAACGCCGUAAUGACCGCGGCGAUGACAACACUGUCGACAAGAACCGCAUCUCGUCGACCAACUACCGCAAGUCCGGCCACAAGCCGAAACAACCGCAAAUGUCCGUCUCAUCCUCACAACCCAAGAACAAGAACGCGAAUGCCAACCGCCGCGACCGCUCCUUUGGCACUCUCGCCCAAGGUCUCAGGGAUCAACCCAAGAGCAGUAUCAGACAAGGUGGUGUCGUUGGAGAAAAGGAGGUCACUUUCGCCCCGCAAAAGGUCACGAAGAAGCCUCAGAGGCGGAGAGACGACUUUGGUGGUGGUGAUGUCGAUGAUGGUACUGGAAGAAAGAUUCCCAGAGGCAAAGAGAGGAGAAGUGCCAGUGGAAAUGUGUUUAGAGGCAUGUAA